AUGUCGCAACAAGCGAAAGCGGGUAUGAAGCGCAAGUCGCGCUCGUCGAAAUUAUUAUCCCGGAAAAAAGCCAAGACGUCGCAUCUAGCCGCAGACGACCUGCCCUGGAAAGCCGUGUCGCGUCCCAGAGAGGCGGACCUAGGAACUGCGUUUGACGGCUUCAUUGAGCUGGAGGAGGUGGAAGAUGUAGAGGUUGUGUAUGAAGAGACGGAUGCGGGAAAGGUCAUCAAAUUUAAGGUGCUAGACGAUUCGUCAUCGCCCCUGGGCGUUAUCGUUGUAGAUGAGAACGAGAGAACCAGUGCAGAGGUUGAGAACGUCCCCAUUGAGCAGCCCGCGCAGGAGGAGGAACUUCCAGUGUCUGCUUUUGACUACGAGGCAUUGCUUCCUCGGUGGAGCCCGUUCUCUCUGCACCCCCAACUCGGCCGGGCACUAUAUGCGCAGCAUUUCAGCUCCCCGACGCCUAUCCAAGCCGAGGCACUCCCGCUCGCGAGGAAAGGCCGGGACAUCGUCGGAGUCGCGGAAACGGGCUCCGGAAAGACUCUCGCGUACGGCCUUCCCAUCCUGCACCACCUCUUGGCACACGCAUCUCCCGCCGAGAGCAAAACCCGACGUUCGGUGCGUGCGCUGAUUCUCACGCCUACGCGCGAACUGGCAUUGCAGGUCUCCUCGCACCUGAAUGCGUGUCUUAACUCUGGGGACAUCGGUGAAGAUCCCGCUCCGGAAAGUAAAUCAAGCCAGGGCAGUUCGACCAGGAAGAAUGCAAAGGGAAAGGGUAAAGAAAAAGUGACGAGCGGUGCACAAUUGCUGAGUGGUCGAUCCAAGGACCCACCGUUAGUGAGCGUUGCUGCAAUCGUGGGAGGUAUGUCGGCGCAGAAGCAGCGGCGGAUAUUGUCCAGAGGCAUCGACGUGCUUGUGGCUACUCCGGGUCGGCUAUGGGACAUCAUCCAGGAGGACGAUGAACUUGCGACCCAGAUCGAACACCUGCGGUUCCUCGUGCUGGACGAAGCUGAUCGCAUGAUUGAGACCGGUCAUUUUGCAGAGAUGGAAAGCAUCCUGCGGCUCACGCUCCGUCAGAGAAAAGAAGAUGAAAUCGAGUCUGAGCUAGAUUUGGGGCUAGGAGGCGCUGAAGCUGAAUUCGACGUUGGUGAAAGCAAAGAUGGUGUGAAAGAAGGAGAGAUGCAGACUUUCGUAUUCUCUGCAACGCUGAGCAAGGAUCUGCAGCGGAACUUGAAGAAGCGCGGACGAGCAAGACCCUGGAAGAAAGGCGGCAAGCCUGCUUCGACGCUUGAUGAUCUACUCAUGCGACUCGACUUUCGUGAUGCCUCACCCGCUGUGAUCGACAUCAGUCCUGAAGGCGGUGUCGUCGCAACCUUGCAGGAGAGCAAAAUAGAAUGCCUCGUUACAGACAAGGACGCAUACCUUUACUACUUCUUACUUCGGUAUCCAGGACGAACCUUGGUAUUCUUAUCCUCGAUUGAUGGGAUCCGACGACUGCUUCCCCUCAUGGAAUUGCUUCAAAUAUCUGCAUUCCCUCUGCACUCGCAGCUCGAACAGCGGCAACGACUGAAAAACCUCGAUAGGCAUUCUUCCUCCCGUGCUGUCCUACUCGCCACCGAUGUCGCCGCUCGCGGAUUGGAUGUUCCCGCUGUGGAUCACGUUGUGCACUACCAGGUCCCACGCACAGCGGAUACGUACGUGCAUCGGAACGGGCGCACAGCGCGCGCGGCGCGACGCGGCUUUAGCUUGCUCAUGUGCGCUCCGGACGAGCGGCGGCUUGUUAAGGCGCUCAUGAAGAGCCUGGGACGACAGGAAGAUGAGAUUCCGGAAAUGUCGGUAGAAUUAUAUCUACUGGACAAGCUUAAGGUGCGCGUCCAGCAUGCGCGGCAGAUUGAUGCGACCCAGCACAAGGUGAAGAAGGAGAAACAUGAAAAGAACUGGCUGAAGGAGACGGCGGAAGCUAUGGAAAUUGAGCUGGACUCGGACAUGGAAAGGUUUGUCUCUAUUUUUUGA